AUGGGUAGAACGGGGGAGAAACUACUUGCCUUAAAAAAUUUGGUGAAUGAACAAUUAUCGGCAGACCAUAUUGAGUCCUCUGUUAGCCCCUAUAACACCCCCAUCUGCGUCAUAAAGAAGAAAAGUGGGAAAUGGAGAUUUCUCCAGGAUUUAAGGAAUAUAAACCAAAUCCUGGAACCCAUGGGGCCUUUGAAGUGUGGUCUGCGUAAUCCGAAUGUGAUCCCCCAUUCUUAUCAAUUGGCUAUCAUAGAUUUGCAAGAUUGUUUCUUCUCCAUCCCCUUACAGGAGAAGGAUCGUAAAUUCUUUGCUUUCACUGUUCCUGUGUUAAAUAACAGCCAGCCCACGGAAAGGUAUCAAUGGAAAGUCCUACCGCAAGGAAUGCUGAAUUCCCCUACCAUGUGCCAACAAUACAUCAGCCAUGGCACACCCUGCUGCUUAAGCCGUUUGUCCAUCAUUUUACCCAAAAAGCAUCAUUUAUCCCACUCUCGAUAUCGCCGCUCUGUGGAAUUGACUAAUGAUUGUGAUGAUUCUGUUUCUCUUCCCAGUAGGUCUGAAUAUAUUUCCUUAGCUGUUUCUCUCUUAGGAGUCCCUGGAUUGGCUGUACGGAAUAGUAUGAACAUUAAUUCUUUAGCUUGUUCUGCAGCAAAAGCUCUGAAUUUUACUUCACAAGCUCUUCACCUUUUGAAUAAAGAACAGAGUGAACUACAUAAUGGACUUUUACAAAAUCGUGCUGCUAUCACUAUUUGCUAA